AACCUACCCUCGCCGUUUGCACGUGUCGAUGUAUCGCUCUCUCUGGCUACCAUCAGGCCAUCCCUAUCAUUGUCCCUACGCUACGCUACGUCGGACUUUCGAAUUCCUUCCGCCCCGGCAUCACAAGCUCAUCAAAAUCGUCUCUGUGUGGUGUUACUGACUUCUGGGAGCUUGAUGCGGCGUCGGGACAGCGACCUGAUGUCGCUGGUGCGUCCACCGCGUUCCUCGCGUCUCAGCUACAGCUACAGCCAAUGCAGCAGUCGAAGUCGCAGCGGCAGCUUCGAGAGCGACGUGCGGUGGUCGGAACGGGCCUCCAGUAUCGCUCCCAGUGACUUGGACGGCUCUGAGCUCCUGGACGUAGAUGAUUUGCAAGUAUUACAGCAACAAAACGCAAGUGAUGGACGGCAGACUGUGCGUGUCACGGUUCGCUUCCGUCCUCUGCUGCCCAAGGAGAAGAGCAGUCGGUCCGCCUGGACGGUUCACGCAGAGACCGGUACAGUCGAGGCAGCUCCCGUAUCAGGACAGAACGCUCGACGUAGAGGCGUCUACGCCUUUGACGAAGUGUAUGAUGCUCAGCACUCUACUAGAGCCAUCUAUGACGGACUGGCGAGGUCUAUCGCUCGCUCGGCGCUGGACGGAAUCCACGGGUCCAUUUUUGCCUACGGACAGACCAGUAGUGGCAAGACGUACACUAUGCAGGGUACAGGGCUGAGGAGCAGGAGAAUGACUCUGGUACAGGAGAAAACAGUGGAGACCGAGGAGGACAGACGACCCGAAGACAGCGAUGGACUGGUACAGUUGGCAGUCAAGGAUCUGUUCGAUGAGAUGGCGCGACGCUCCGAUGUCGAGUACCUUGUGAGAGUGUCGUACUUGGAAGUGUAUAAUGAGACAGUUAAGGACUUACUAGCGACUGGAACGACCUCAACAGGCAAGAGGAGAGACUCGACUGUGCAUAUUCGCGAACAUCCCGUCACUGGAGUGUUUACGGACAACUCGGAGCGAGUCGUCACAGAUGCACGUGGAGUGCUACAGGCAUUACGAGAUGGUGAGAAGCAACGGGCAGUGGGCGUUACCCGUAUGAACGAGCGCAGUAGUCGAUCUCACUCGAUAUUCAGAGUGGUUAUCGAGUCCAAGACGCGCCUCGAGUCACCCGUGCCAACCGAGGAUGAUAAUGUGGAACGUGUCCGUGUGGGAUGUCUGAACUUUGUUGACUUAGCAGGGUCAGAAAGUGCUCGUGCGGUUAGUUCGGGAGGCAAACGCCUCACAACAGAGAGUGGUAACAUUAACAGAAGCCUGUUGGCACUCUCGAGAGUUGUGGUGGCGCUCGGCAGCAGCAAGGUCAAUCAGGACCACAUCAACUUCCGUGACAGCAAACUCACACGUAUUUUACAGCCGUCACUGAGUGGUGCUGCGCGCGUACUCUUUGUGUGCUGUGCAUCACCUGCACCUACCUACAUUGAGGAUACUCGCAGUACGCUCAAGUUUGCUAGCCGAGCGAAGCGGAUCAAGGUGAACGCGUCAGUUAAUGAAGUCGUGGACCAACGCUCCCGUGCAUUGAUGGAGCUAGCACGCGAGAACCAGGUGUUAAGGCAGCAAUUAGAGGCUUUGGCCUCUGCGAGUCGUGAUGAGAUGGACGCGAUGGAGGAACAUGCCGCUCGGUUACGUAUGCGUAUUAUCUCUCUGGAAGCUGCUGCUGCUGCCCCCGGUUGGACUUCUUCAGUGGUAAUAGCUCCAGUUUCCGAGAAAAGUCGAGAGGACAGACAACCGGAAGUGACUGGACUGGAAGGAGCCAACUCCCCGAUAGACUCGGACAACCAGGUUUUGGAGUUGGACCCAUCCGAUGAAGACACGGAUGUUGACAGCCAAUUCGACUCGCCGACUGGAUCUCCCAUCCUGAUAGCAGAUGCUGCUUGUCCGACCUGUGAAACUCUUGAUGACGCUCUGGAGAUCGCCAAGACUCGGGAAUUGGAGUCUUCUCUGCGUAUUGAAGAGCUUGAAAUGAAAGUUGCUCAAUUGCAGCGUCAGUAUGAAGAUGAGAGCAGCAAGUCUACUGUUGCAGAAGCAGAGGAAGACUCUGUUGAUGUUUCACAGUGUAUUUUGGACGUUGAGGACGACGAAGCGGAUGAAACUGAGGCGCUAUCCGGCAACGAGGAAGGAAGCGCUGCUCAUGCCAGUAGUCUCAGCUUGGCAAGUGCUGCGCUUUUGGCGGUGGUGGUGGAUGCUUUAAAGAAGCGCAGUCCUACUGAGGCUCUGGUGAUUGUGCUGGUUGCAUUCGCCUGUAUGGGGAUCAUGCUGGCAAGUUUUGCCUGGAACAUCGCGACAGCUACGCUUUGAUACUUGGCACUGACAGUUUUUUUUUGUUGACACAUUUACUUUAAUUCGUUAUUAUUAUGCGCUGCGAGUCAUCGGAAGCUCUGAGCCUAUUCAGUCGAAAAUUAUACACGUUGUAACAGUUUCUUUGAGAUCCCGUGGCAAGCUUAAGUUGCGUUUGUUUGGGGAAUGGUAGUAGUAUUUAUCAAGCUCAGCUUACUACAUAGACAGAUCUGUACAAUCUCCAGACAUUUCGUGAUCCAUGUGAACCGCAUCGGGUGG